GGGUAGGGGGCCUCGGUGGGUUAAAGCGGCGGCCGGUUUCUGUGUCGCGCGCCCAAAAGAAGCUCCCGACGUCAAUUUUCGUCUUCGACAUUUCCCGACUCGCUUUCCAGUCUCUCGUCCUCACAACAAACAUACGACGUCUCACGACGCUUGCUUGACGCCACCACUCUUCCCCGAUCGAUAGCUCCGAUCGCCUCUUCGACAUCUUUCUCCCCUCCCCUCGUACCACACACCCGCAACCAUGAUGCGCCCCCAGAUCCAGACCGUCGGCCGGAUGGCCAGGCCCUCGACGAGACUCGCAUCCGCCGCCCGAUCCCACAUCGCCGGCGCCGCCCCGAAAGCCUCGACCCGGUCCCUCGUCACCGCCACGCGGUCCGUCCCCAGCGCAUACCCUGCCUUCGCCGCCGCCGCCGCCGCCUCCUCCUCCCGGUACCGCUCCUUCAGCACCACGCGCAUCCAGCACGGCGAGGUCAUCAUCACCGUGCCCCAGAUGGCCGAGUCCAUCACCGAGGGCACCGUCGCCUCCCUCGGCAAGCAGGUCGGCGACCGCGUCGAGGCCGACGAGGAGGUCGCCAGCAUCGAGACGGACAAGAUCGACGUCGCCGUCAACGCCCCCGAGGAGGGCACCAUCCUCGAGCUCUUCGUCGCCGAGGGCGACACCGUCGAGGUCGGCCAGAAGCUCGCCCGCAUGGAGACCGGCGGCGCGCCCGCCGACGCCGCCGACAAGCCCAAGCCCGAGCCCAAGUCUGAGCCCGCCCCUCCCGCUCCUCCCGCCCCCGCCGCCCCGGCGCAAGAGCAGAAGAAGGAGCCCGCCCCGGCCGCCCCCAAGCAGGAGACCAAGCCCGCCCCCGCCUCUGAGCAGCAGCAGCAGCAGCAGCCCCAGACGCCCUUCGGCGCGACCGGCGCCUUCCCCCGCGGCGAGCGCGUCGAGAAGCUCUCGCGCAUGCGCAAGACCAUCGCCACCAAGCUCAAGCAGUCGCAGAACGCGACGGCCUCGCUGACCACCAUCAACGAGGUCGACAUGUCGGCCCUCAUGGCCUGGCGCGCCCAGAACAAGGAGGCCGUCAUGAAGCGCCACGGCGUCCGCCUCGGCUACAUGGGCGCCUUCACCAAGGCCACCUGCCUCGCCGCCCAGCAGGUGCCCCAGCUCAACGCCUCCAUCGACACCGAGAAGGAGAUCAUCACCUACCGCGACUACGUCGACAUCAGCAUCGCCGUCAGCGCCCCCAAGGGCCUCGUCACCCCCGUCCUGCGCAAUGUCGACGCCCUCGACAUCAUCGGCAUCGAGCGCGGCGUCGCCGAGCUGGCCGCCAAGGCCCGCGACGGCAAGCUCGCCAUGGCCGACCUCGAGGGCGGCAACUUCUCCAUCAGCAACCCCGGCAUCUUCGGCUCCAUGUUCGGCACCCCCGUCAUCAACUACCCCCAGGCCGCCGUCUUCAACAUGAACGGCAUCAAGGACCGCCCCGUCGUCGUCGACGGCAAGCUCGAGAUCCGCCCCAUGAUGUACAUCACCGUCACCUACGACCACCGCCUCAUCGACGGCCGCGAGGCCGUCACCUUCCUCAACCUCGUCAAGAGGUACAUCGAGGACCCCGCCAGCCUCCUGCUGGCUUAAUUUUCGUACAGUCCGCUAGAGAGAGAGAGAGUGCACAUACCCUAUGCACACUUGCACAACACACACACAUACACAUACACACAUACACAUACCAUAGAGGGAUAGAGGGGAUAGAGCGGGGGGGAGAGCGCCAUGCGGCUGCCCGCAGACGAGGGGCCACUCGCUGGGGGCCAAGUGCGGCGGCCAAGAGAAACCUAGAGCAUCUGUAUUUUUACCUUGUAAAUGGGCGGGACCGGGCUGAUAGCAUGGCCUUGCGGGCAUUGGAGGGGGCGCAAACUGCAGCAUAUUGGGUGAAUUUCAGACGUAGAUAAUAGACACACACACACACACACAGAGAGAGAGAGAGAGAGGGAGAGAGAGAGGGUCCAGCAUGCGCCGUCGUCCUCUUUUCCCG